UUUUUUGUCAAUUUGACAUAAACCAAUUUAUUUAAACAGGAUAUGUUUAAAAAAAAUUAGGAUUAAAAUUCAUAUAUUUAAGAAGUAAAUAUUUAUGAAUAGAGUUCAAUUAUUAUGAUUUAAAAACUCAUUAACUUGGAGUGUUUCAAGAUAGCUGUUUGUUAAAAUGCAAGAGGAUUUUAUUUAAAAUAACACUUUGUUUAUGUGAUAUGAGAUACGUAAGGAUGUACAAAUGGCAAGCUUUAAACAAACAGUGCGUUUUAACAUUGCUGUCUGGCUUGGCUAUAGGGUUUACUGUAGCUUAUGUGGCUUUAUCGCAACAAACACCUUUUGCUGAUCCUCAUUCUAGCUAUGAAAUGGAUUUGAUGGAGGGACCGACCGUUGAUCCUGGUAUACACUCAAAGAAUGAAGAAUUCCAUCUCUUGGAAGAUAGUACAGUUGCCGACAAACUUUUUAAGGAUGUAAAAGUGUUAUGUUGGAUUAUGACUGGACCUAAUAAUCAUGAGAAAAGGGCUAAACAUGUUAAGAAUACAUGGGGAAAAAGAUGUAAUAUCUUGCUCUUUAUGAGUUCCAAAGAAGAUGAAUCAUUGCCUUCAGUUGCCCUACCAAUAAAAGAAGGCCGUAAAUAUUUAUGGGGAAAAACAAAACGUGCCUUUGAGUAUGUCUACAGGCAUUAUUUCGAUAAAGCGGAUUGGUUCCUGAAGGCGGAUGAUGAUACGUAUGUGAUAUUAGAAAAUUUAAGAUAUAUGUUAAUGCCGUACAAUUCGAACGAAUCCAUAUAUUUUGGAUGCCGAUUUAAACCAUAUGUCAAGCAAGGCUACAUGAGCGGAGGAGCAGGUUAUGUUCUCAGUAAAGAAGCCUUGAGGAGGUUUGUGGAGAUUGGGUUAAAAAAUGCAUCAGGCUGUUCGAAAAGUGAUAAUGGAGCUGAGGACGUGGAAAUGGGACGUUGCAUGGAAUCGGUUCAUGUUGUCGCUGGUGAUUCCCGCGAUUCUAUGGGAAGAGGGAGAUUUUUCCCUUUUGUGCCAGAACAUCACCUCAUACCAGGGCAUGUCUCUAAGAGCUUCUGGUAUUGGCAGUAUAUUUAUUACGAGAACAAAGAGGGUAUGGAGUGUUGUUCAGAUAACGCAGUGUCAUUUCAUUAUGUAUCUCCAAAUCAGAUGUACGUUUUGGAAUAUUUAAUCUACCAUCUGAGGCCAUAUGGAAUAUCUUUUCAUGUAGAAAUGCCUCCCGAAUUAAAAGACAAGAAAGAAUUUUUGGAAGGCAACAGAAAAACCUGAAUAUCUUAUAGACAACAAAUAGAACUGACUCACAUUAGCUGUAUUCUUGCCAUACAAUAGUCUUGAUAGUUAUACUCAAAUAAAUUAUAUUGUUAUGAAGACUAGAGUUAAAAAAGAAUAUCUCACGUUGUCCAAACUAUAGUUUUUCUCUUGUAACUUGUUUCUUCUUUUUGACAUUUGGUAUGGUGUGUGGUAACGCUAUGACUCAUAAAAUACUUAUGUAGAGGACAAAGCUGUGUUCUCAGCUAGGUGCUGAUUAAGUCCUGUAUUCAGAAUAUUUUGGUUUUCAAAUGACAUUAACACUUUUUUAUUAAUCUCUUUCAAAAUUAUUUAAACUUUCUGUUAUUUCACUACUGUUUAGCAACAUUUAAAAGUGCGAGAUAUUAAAUUAAGUUUAAAUUUUAGUUAAUGUUAUUAAGAUUAGGAAAGAUGAUAGAUUGCUUUGAUAGGUCAUGUCCCGCCAUAUUGAUAAAAGUUACUUGAGAAGAACUAUAAAUUUCGGAAUGAAAAAAAAAACGCAUAUGCAAAAUGUUAUUAAUUCACUUUAUUGCAUUUAUAAAGUGAUCGCUUGCUUUUAAAUCUGUUUAAUUUAACAUAACAUUAUUGUAUUAUUUGUAAUCCAUCUGACUUAAAAUUUGAUCUGAAAUAAAUAGAAUAUUACACAGAUCUCUGAAAAUAGUAAAAAUUAAUUAAGAAUUAAAAAUGAAAUUAAUUAAAUUUACUAGCCUUUAGGUAAAGUGAUCAUUAAAAAGUUACCCUAUAAGACAAACAAGAUUAGUGCUUCUGAUAUAAUAAUUACUUAUAAAACUAUAUUUUUUUAGUUUGUCAUAAAAUUAUGCCACGUUUUUUCGUGGCAUACGAUUUCUAAUGUGUCAUCAGCAUGAUUAUUUAGAUUUUUGUGGGUACUUUUUUUAGUAGAUAUGAUUCAUGUUCAAGACUGAUUUAGAGAUGAUUAGUAAUUGGAACACACUUUUAUAUAUUAUAAUUUUAGCUUUUAUUAUACAGGGUGCUCCGAACUGUAUUCCGGAAACUUCGGCAGAAUA